GUGACGUGUCCGUGACCCGACACGACAUCAUCGCGACGCUGCUCCGCCCCCUCGACUGCGCUGCUCACUCUCAUGGCUAAGACCAAGGGCAAAAGAAAAGAUGCAACUCAGCAGCUCUCAGACGACGAGGAUACCCCUGGGCCGGAGCCUGAUAGUGAUCGCGCGAAGUGGCUUGACGCAGACAUUGCUGUGCUACUGGACGCUCUCAUUGCGAACAAGGCAGCUGGGGGCAAUGGCGGCAACUUCAAGAUGAGAACUUUCAAUCUCAUUGCACCAGAUGUGGAUGCGGUUCGGAAGGAAGGGGCAAAGAAGACAGGGAACAACUGUCAGACGAAGUACAAGAAUCUUCGUGAGACUAUGGAAACCCGGAGAGGUCUGCUCAUGUCAAGUGGUUAUGCGACGGUGAUCAUUGAUAAGCAAUGUCAAGACCCCGGAGCCAUCACACUAAGCGACAUUACGAGCACACAGACUGAUAGAUUCAACAAAUACCACCACUGAACAAAAAAAAAAGCCAAAUGGAAUCGCGCACGUAGGCGCCCAGUGCUCGCUCCAAUUCCAAAUCACAUGAUGUCGAAUUCUGUAAGAUACCCACAAUCCACCCUCGACAAACAUCACGUGGCGUUAUGGUCACACGUCCGCUUUCAUCUCACGCAAAUGAUGCACUGUAGAUGCUCGAGGGAAUGCGAGCCGAGGAACUUGUCAAAAUGUAGACAUGCCUAUACGGCCCUAUAGAAUAUUCAACACAUGUCAUUGGUGACUGUUUG